AUGAUGAGUUACUUGCCCUCGAACGCCGCGACGCUGAUACCAGCUUCGGACAAAGCGACGCAGCUGCUGCUCAGUUUCAGUUUAGCCAGUCGUUUAACCCACGAGUUUGCGGUGGGCUGUCUGCAACGACAUUGCAUCUUCCUGGACAGCGACGACAGGCUACGACGCUUCCUGCUCUCUCUUGAAGCAUGGCGUGGAUCGGACCUCGACCUGCCAUCCAUUUUUGAGAACAUAUCAGCUAUGUAUCUGGCACCAUUCGGUUCGGUUAUGGACAACCUGCCAACGGCAGCUUGGGUUCGUGACGUAUUUGGAUACACGAGCCGUACUCUGAGGAGACUGGUAGUGGAUAUGCCAUUCGACAGUCUCCCACCAUGGAAUGAUCAUCUAAACGUCGGGCCUGUGUUGCGUGAGGGGUUUGAGCGGCUGGUCAAUCUUGAAGAGUUCGUAUGUACCCGGGAUGCGGUACGUUUGGGAAUAUCUGAUGAGACAAGAGAGAACGAGCAUUCAUCGGUUCUCUACAGGUGGCCAAAAUUGCGGCGUCUUGGACUCAACCGACCCAUGUGUAACAACAUGUUUUGGGAGUGCCUCGCAAAUUUACCAAAUUUGGAGUACGCUGUGUUUGCAUCGGCGUUGGCAUUGAUGCCCAGAAGUCUCGACGUCGGAGCAUCCUAUCUAGGGCGGAUGGCCUCCCCAAUAACGAUAGUAUUGGCAGAUAUCCGGGCGUAUAGACCAACCCCACCUCCGUUCUUGCCGAGAGAAAAUACCGCAGAAGAAGGGGGAGGUGGAAGAGAAAAAGAUGGAGAGGGUUUGCAACUCAUGGCCUAUAGAAUACCAAUACCGGAGAGGAGGAACUUCCUAGACUCGUGUUCAGAAUGGCUCAUAGGCAUGGCGCUUGCCGGAGAGCUCUGGCAUACCAAAGGCGAACGGAUUGCGACCGUGCCAGAGCUCGCUGUGCCCGUCCAGUCUCUUCUAGACGUAGCAUAG